ACCGUCGCCGACCGCGGAUCCUGCAAGGAUACAAGGCAGUGAGCGACUGUGCGUGUCCUCGAAGCCGUGCAUCCCCUCUAGGUAGCAGAUCGCAUAUUUAAACAGUAAAGCGUAAGCUCUGACAGAUCCAGCACAUUCAGUUGAGACAAUGCCGCUCUAUCGUCGUGGUCCAUGCUUUGGCUUCUCCGGACCCGCGCGGCUAGACAUCGAUGGAAGCAGCUCGUGGCCAGUCGACUCAGCGCACUCCAUGGAGCUGGACCUACGGCUCUUCUCAGCCUACUUCUUGGUGGCCGAGCCUCUAGCCACCUUCGUGGGCUACCGAAUCGCGCAACACUGUUUGCGCGGCUGUCGGGUGUACUUCCUUUCGCCGUCGCAGCGAAUGUGGAUUGGCUUUUUCUACUGUUGGCUCAAGAUUCGACUGAUCGACUACGCGUUCCACGGCACGGCGUACUACACGAUGUCGCUGCUCAUUAUGGUUGUGUAUUUUGUGUACGCGCUACUGGCUUUCGGUUUCCACUUCGGCCCAUUGCAGUUCCUCUUUUUCGACUACAUCCCACGCAGCAAGAUGACGCAGAGUUUGAUCUACAAAAUGGCGCUUCUCUGCAAGGAAGUCUCAGCACGCAUUGAAUUUUACGUGUUGCAGCAGCUCAUCUGCCGUCCACCACUAGAAACGCGUGACAGAAACGCUAUGACCUCGUCACCAAUUGCCACACGCCCGUUGGAGCCUCUGACCUCGUGCUCGCACAAGGCUGUUGAUUUCUCUCGAGUCACGUCUUUCUUCGGACGGGAGGUGGAUGUCAGCAUCGAGCUCUGGAACAGCUCCAUGUGUCAACAGUGGGCCAUGACACUGAGCUCCGCCGCUCGAUCUAAUGCAUCCCGUGUUCGUAGCAAGUACGGAGACGCUACGGCUCUUACGGAUAGCUCCUUCGAGUGCCGCUUCAUGUUCGUCAUGCAGCACGAUGGCUUGUUACUAGGUUUCUUCAUGACAACACCUACAGCGACGCUUAUGGCCAAGUUCAAGGACGGGAAGGCGAUGCCAUUUGAGCUGGUGCAACGUUUUAACUGCAGUUGUCGUUCGGUGAUAGCAACUACAGCACCAAUCUUCCUGUACGCUGAGAGUGCAAAGUUGGUGGGAAGAGCAACUGUGGCGCAGAAGAAUGCCGUCUAUCGUCUGCUACUACAACUCAACAGUGUUCAUGGUAACACUGCCGAUGUGUCUCUACGUGCUCUACGCGCUAAGAACUUCGUGGAUGCUGGAGUUGGCCAAGUGGUGAAGAGGAAAUCACGCGUCACGGGUUCAUUCAGCGUCUUGGAUGGGCACUAA